CUUUAAUAUCUUACCCGUAAAAAUGGUCCCUUAAGCUUAAACGCCUUACAUUCUAGGGUUUCUAGGAUUUUAGUUCAACGCUGGAAGGAAGAAGCAGCGGCGGAGUUACAGUAGGCACUCAGAGUUCUCAGAUCGAGAGGCUUCAAACAACUUACAAUGUCUGGGAAGAAGAAGACCAGAGAAGUUAAGGAGGAAAAUGUUACUCUAGGACCUGCAGUUAGGGAAGGAGAACAUGUGUUUGGUGUAGCCCACAUAUUUGCUUCUUUCAAUGAUACGUUUGUGCAUGUGACUGAUUUGUCCGGAAAGGAAACUCUUGCCCGUGUUACUGGUGGCAUGAAGGUCAAAGCUGACAGAGAUGAAUCAUCACCAUAUGCUGCAAUGCUUGCAGCACAAGAUGUUGCACAAAGAUGCAAGGAGCUUGGCAUAACUGCCUUGCAUAUUAAGCUUCGUGCAACAGGAGGGAAUAAGACAAAGACUCCUGGACCUGGAGCACAAUCAGCUCUUCGUGCUCUUGCUCGAUCUGGAAUGAGAAUUGGUCGCAUAGAGGACGUGACUCCCAUUCCAACAGACAGUACCAGAAGAAAGGGUGGACGAAGAGGAAGAAGGCUGUAGUAUUCUUGUUGGAUGCUAUUAUUUGUUUUGACAGCUUAUAAGUCAGUGUUUUUUGGCGGAACAUGAGGUCAAGAGGACUUUUCUAAGUUUACUCUUUAGCACAUUGCAUGAGUUGCAAAUACAAGAGUACAUGAUUUAAUUUCA